UUUCAAUUUCAUGAUAUUUUAUCUAGGAAGAGAAGGAUAAAGAUAGGAUGAGAAUUAGUGGUCCUGUUUCCCUCUUCAAGGAGUUAACUACCAGGGACCUUCUAAACCUACAGUUCACAGCUAGGGGGACAAUCAGUGAUUCCUACAACUAUCUGGAGAGUAAGAACAGUGAACUGGAGAAGAAGUUGGACGCUCUUAUGAAUGUCGUCUUCAAAAUAGUCGGGAAUGCAUCUUUAAAAACCCAAGAAGAUACAUUACUCAAAGACGAGAGAUGUUCGCGUGAUGAGAACUUCAUGUCUGAAUCCAAAGAAGAAUGUAGUUUAGAUGAGACUGAAAACAAUCUAGAAGAACUAUCUCCGUCCUUACAGUUUCUUAGUUUAUCACAUCCGUCCUCAAGUGCUCAAGAUGUUAAAUCCCCGUCCUCCACAGCGGAGGAUAAAUCCACCAACCUCGCGUCCUCUUCUGCCUCCAAUGAAGAUCUGACAACAAUAUCCUCUGAUUCUGAGAUCUUUACAGUUCCGCCCUCUGAUCCAGAUACAACCUCCAAUCCUCCGAUAAAAACUGACACCCCUUCUCUGAACGAAUCUAACACAUCAACUCCUCCGAUCAAAUCUGACAUUUCUGCUCUUCCGAUCAAAUCUGACAAUUCUACCCUUCCUUCAAUCUCUAGUUCUCUGUCUACCAUUAGUUCUCCAUCUAUAUCUAGUUCUCCAUCUAUAUCUAGUUCUCCAUCUAUAUCUAGCUCUCCAUCUAUAUCUAGUUCUCCAUCUAUAUCUAGUUCUCCCCAGGUCCGACCAACCAGUUUUAAGAUCUCCAGUUCCAAGAUAAAACUAGCAACUUCACCAGCUUCAGUUUUCUCAUCUGUAUCCUCAACCCAACCUGGAACCUAUCCUAGGUAUACUCCUAGUUCAAAUACUACUCAGAUCAGAAGUUUGUCUCCCUCUGCCCUGGUAGUCCAAGGAAACCAGAGUGGAUACAAUUUAUAUAGGGGGUCUCCUCUAGUAGCUGCUCAACUUGCUCCACAACCUGGUCAACCCUAUCCUCAGCAGUUCUAUCCUCUGGGUGGAGCUCAGGUUCAUCCUGGUCAAGUUUAUCAUCCAGGGGUUCAAAUGCUUCCCCCAGGAUCACAUAUGAUGCCGGUAGGAUCUUAUAUGUCACCCGCAGGAGCGCAAAUGAUCCCAUCAGGAUCGCAAAUGAUCGGAGGAGGAUCGCAAAUGAUGGUGGGAUUCCACUAUCCUGGGACACAGAUUUUCACUCCCCCUGGAACACAAAUAUACCGACCCGGGACACCUUUGCUUAAACCGGUUUCUCGUAUGUUUACGCCGAACAUUCAGCCGAACACCUCACCGCUUUCUGUCCGACCAUUUGCAGUCUCCAAUGCUGGUCCUACCGGUUCUUCAUCCUCCCCUGCACAACAGAGUUCAACCGAAUCCACAACAGAAUCAGUUCAACUAGUUACAUCUCCGGUUAGCUCAAUUCAGUCUCCAAUUAGUUCAGUUCAGUCUCCAAUCGCUUCAGCUCAACCUCCUGUUGGUCCAAGUCAGCCUCUUUCUGGUGCACUAGUUCCCAAACUCUCAGGAGAGGUAUUGGAUCCUAGUUCUCCGGAAACUGUUCUUGUUCCGGAGCUCGGAGUUCAGAUCCCUAAAUACUACAUCAACCCAGACCCAAUCAAGCAUCAGAGAAAAUGUGUUGCUACUGAACCUAGAAUGAAGACGAUUGAAAACGGCAGCUUCUCAUUGAACAUAAACCUUCCAGGUCCGUACGCUGAAUUUAUAACCAGAAGUAAGAGUCGAAUUCUGGAUUCGUGUCAUUUCUACAUUUAUGGCGUAAAACUUGGAGUAAUCUGCCUGCAUCUAGAGGGAAGUAUUGAACAGAUUAAAGAAGGAUAUUUGGUUCUUCAUUGUAUCCUGGCAGAAGCAUACACAGAGAUUUUAAGAUAGUGCCUUGAUACAAGCCUAAAUAUCUGUGAUUUAUUCAAGCAAUUUCAUUCCACCAAAUGGAAAGUAAUUUAAAGGACCGUUCCUUCUUAUAGUGGCAUGUCCGAAUUUCAACGGUACACUUCAAACCUUCUUCAUAACAACAAUCACUAGGAUUUCUUCGUUUUUCUACCUUAAUUGAGAAUAAUCAAAGUAAAGCUAGAACAACUAGGAUAUCUCAAUCAUCUAUGAUCAGAAAAAGUCUAUUUGUGAAUCGGACAUGCCACUUCUGAAGGUUACUCGAAAUUACUUCUAUAUAUUCUUUAAGAGAUUUUUUUCCAACUUUGUACAGUGAAACCCUUAAUAACGAAUACAUCAGAAGAAUUUAU